AUGGGGGAUACAGUGCAGAAAAAGAUAAGUGUUGAUAUGCUUUGCGAGGUUUGGGAGCAGAAGCAGCGCAAGUUCGAAAUGGACAUUCGAAUGCUACUCGACAGCGCUAAGCACUUGGCCGUGCAGCUGAGCCAGACUAUAGAGUCAUCGGCAGAGCCAAUUGACAGGAUACGGUCACAGCAGCAGUUCAAGCUAAAUUACUUGAUGAUCCACUUGACCGAGGAGCUGCAGCGGCAGAGCGACAAAGCCGGUGCCAAACGGCGGCUGCAGGAGUGGAACAAGUCCCUGGACAAGAUGCGCCUCAAGAUCGCUGUACUGUCAGAGAGCCUGUCCAAAUUGGGUCUAGUCGAUGUCUUGGCCAUGAAGAAGCUGUGUGAGCUACCGGAUAAUUCGCAGCAAAACUAUGAGAAGCUCAGCCAAACGCUGCAACACUGCGAGGCCAUGCGAGCUGAGCAUCUGAAGGCUCUCAUCGGCCACGUGCACACGGAGAUCAACGAGUGGUGUGAUCUCACCUUGCAGUAUCCGAGUGCUCGGAAUUAUCAGAAGGACUGUUGCACAGUGGAACUGCUGGAGUUGCUAGAGGAGCAGCUGAAGGACAUUAAGGACUAUUACAAUGCCAAUAAGGCAAUCUUCGAGGUGUACGCCAAACGCGCGAGGCUGUGGAUGCGCAUGGAGGCGCUGGACGAGAAGGCUAAGAAACCCAAUCGCUACCAAAAUCGAGGUGGCGCCCUACUACGGGAGGAGCGGGAGCGCAAGGCAAUUAAUAUUAAGCUACCUAGGAUCGAGCAGCAAAUAAGGGAACUGGCGCAGGACUAUGAGCGACGCAAUGGACAACCGUUUCUGGUGCAAGGCGAGGAUAUAUUGGCACGCAUUGCAAACGAAUGGGAGGAUUAUCGCAUGGCCAAGGAGCAGCAAAGUGCAGCACGAAAAAAGACAGCUUCCGACAAUCUGCUGGAGCCCCUGAACAACUCGGCCCGUUCCGGCUUUAUAUCGCUACGCAAGACGACAUCGGUCCCAUAUUUCAACUCCACAACGGUCAGUCCCACAUGGACUGCGAAGCUCCAGCCAGAGAAGAGGCAGAGGGAGCGUUCAAAAUAG